AUGGCGGCGGCUCCGGGGCUGCGCGGGCGGGCGCUGCCCGAGCUCCGCGAGAUGCUGAGGCGGCAGGAGCGGCUGCUGGCAGACCGGAAGUUCAUUGCUAAGCUUCCAGAUAAGGGUAAGAAGAUCUCUGAUUUUGCUGAAAAGCUGAAGCUUGCCAUUUUCCAAGAGGAAGAAGUAGCCAGGACAGCUGAGCUGUUAUCUGCUGUCAGGUUGGAGUUUCGGGCAAAACAGGAGGAGAUUAAUACAAGCAAACAGGAAGCUGUCCUAACUGAGGACACAGUGAACAGUGUAGAUUCCACAGUCUUUAAUGAAAACUCUAAUAUUAAAGACAGUAUUGAAGACAUUGCUGCUGAAAGGCAUGAGGCAGAAUGUAUUGAAGAAGAUGCCACAAAUACAGCUUUGGAAAAUCAAAUGACUCAGAGGAAAAACGAAGUGAAGACUGUUAUAAAGGAUCAGAGUAGUUUCUGUGAAGCUAUUUCUAAGUCAUCCACAAGCAAUCACCUGAACAAUGAUCAGCAAGUCUCCCAGAGCAAUAGCAAGGAUGGUACAGAAAGUACAGCUGAUUUGGAUAGUAGUAAAGAAGCCUUGGUUGAUGCCUUUCAAAGAGUUACAAUUGCAGAUGGGGAAAAUAGUGAAAAAAUACUGGAAAAAGAGCAGGAUGUGGCAAAACAUAAGGGCAACAUAUUUGGAAGCCAGCAUCCCAAGACACCACAUUACAUUGAAGUUCUAGAGGCCAGAGCCAAGAAUCCAGUCAUAAAAAAACCCAAAUUUAAAACAAAUGCACUAUCAGGAGAGCAGAGUGGAUCAUCUCAUGGUUCCUCAUUGAGUCGAUCACCUGGGGGAUGUGGCUCUCCAGUUCCUCCAGAAGAGAGACGACUCAGAGAUAAGAAACAUUUGGAUGACAUCACAGCAGCUCGACUGCCACCACUUCACCACUCCCCUGCCAAGCUGUUAUCCAUAGAGGAAUCCAUAGCAAUUCAGAUACAGCAAAAAGAAGCUUAUGAGGAAAUGCAAGCCAAGCUGGCAGCACAGAAGCUUGCAGAGAGACUGAAUAUAAAAAUGCUCAGGUUUGAACCAGAGGGGAAGGCCUCAAUGCAGUACAGAGAAGUGAGAGAUGAAGAUUAUUUUUCAGCAGAAGACUGAAUACAUGGAAGGGUGUCUGUGGAUGAGCUGUGUAACUGAUCUUUAUGUAGUAUUUCUUAAAACCCAAACCUGAAUAUUGAGAAUGCUUCAUCUAGUCAGCUCCAGGAAGGGUUCAGUGUAGACAUCAUAAAUAUACAUGUCAAAAUCACUUAUCAGUCUUCCUUGGGGACUGUUUUUGAGCACUUGGGGCAGUUAUUCCUUGUGGAAUGCCCCACAGUUCUCAGCUUUAACAAAGUGAGCUCUCUAAUACAGUUUUGCAGGCUGUGAGGGUCAGCUACAAAAUGUUUCUUCUCUGCAGAAAUGUAAUUGAAAGGGCUUUGGCACAAAACAUAUCCAUAAAGUAAGCUGAGGUGCCUGUGAACUGCUCACAUGUAUGAAAGUUCUUGUCUUGUAUAAAUGUGAACUACUUCUUUUACCUAUUUAAUAUUACCUUGCUUUUAUGAUAUGGUGAAGAUACCUGUCCAGAGAGUUACAAUAAAUACCUGAUCUUUAGGCUGUAAGGUAACUCCUUAUCACAUGAGAACUUGUUCCUGUGCCUGCACCUUAAAAUAACUUUUGCUGCCCUUAUGUUGUAAAUAGCUAAGAAUUUGAAGUUAUUUUGUUACUCUGCUGUUUGAUUUUUGGAAGAGAUCAAGUUAAUCUGAAGACUUUAAUAUUAUUAUUAUUAAAGAUUUUUA